CAUCAAUUCCACACAACCUCCCUCAUCACAUUCAUCAGAACACGGACAAGAUUAUAUCAAAAUGGCAGGACGAGGAGCAACUCAGAAGAAUAAUACUGCAGAGUCAUCGUCUAUAAAAGCAUCUACACAAUCCGUGACCAAGCGCAAGGUCGCUAGUACCACUGCUUCUUCUAUAACUAAACCCACUUCCACACCAAAGAUACAGGAAAUAGGUGAUAAUAGUGGCAACAGUGAUGACGAUGACGAUGACGAUGACGAUGACUCGGACAAUUCGGAAACAUCAGAAUCUGACAUUGAUGAUAUCCCAGAGCCAGAAAAAUGGAGAUUGAUCACGGAAUCGGGAAUUCUUGAUCAAGUCAAGGCUAGUGAUGAGCGUAGGACAGCCGCUGGUAGUGACAGUAGAUCACGUCGUCAAAAUGGCGUUCUUGGGCAUAGACAUGGGGAUACUGAAGUACAACCGGAUUAUAUAUUUGAGGGCAUUUUUUUCUCCAUCCCGACAACAUGUCUUUUCAUCGUCAUGGACAUCCUGGUCCACCGGCAGUAUGGUGAGACAUAUUCUGGCCCUGAUGCUCUACGCAAAGUCAUCAAAAUCUUUCCAGCAAUCCUUAUCAUGGUAUAUUUCAGUAACAAACAUAAGGCUCACAAACUCACACAGGCAGCCAUGUUCAUUGUCUCAAUUAUCUGUGGGUGCUACUUCCUACAUACCAUGUAUCGGUCCCCUGCAAUGGGCAUCAUGCUUCGCGCUCCUGGAGUCAUCACAAUUUUAGUCUACUGUAUCGUGCAAUUACAUCUACUUCCUGCUGUUAUCAGUUUAGCACUCUGUGGGCUCUAUUACCAGUUCGGUAAUGCAAAGUACAGCCAUCCACGCCGCUAACUAACCCCAACUGUAAUAAAGCCAUUAAAUUUCCAC